AUGGCAAAAUCAGACAGUAAACAGCAACCACCAGGAAUAGAGACAAACCACAACAAGCCAAAAUAUCAGCAGACAAGACUAUGCUUUACAUCUGCCGCCUCGCCUCCUACAACAACCACAACAACAGAAAAUACACGUAGCAGCAGAUCGACCUCUGAGCCACCAGAUGACACUGUGCCAUUAUCAAAGUCGAUUCAGUCUUUGACCAUUGGAAAUAAAAGAAAACAUACAAGUCCUUUACAGCAUGCUCACUGCAAAGAUUGUAAAAAAAGUGUUCCAAGAGUGCAAUGUACAGCUUACAAGGAAAACACAACCGAACCAUGCACAAACACAUUCUGCAUGGAGUGCAUCCAAGCAAAAACCAACGAGGACUUGAAACAGAUUAAAAACAAGGAUAAGGCUGUGACUUGGCUCUAUAAAAGUGGUAGACCGGUGAAGCAUCGACCUGUUCUUACAGGCUAUCAAUGGGCAUGCUUAGCUUGUAGAGGACUCUGUGAUUGCGAAUUUUGUACGAUAGAGAACGCUGAAAGUGCAAACAAAGCACCCAAAUUAUCUUUUCACCGAAAGCCAAGUUCAAUCCAACCCAUCAAACCACCCGAAUUAAAGCCCAUCGUUCUAUUGUAUACACAAGAAGAAUUAUGGGUUCGAUUACAGAUUCGAGAAUUUCUAUUUCGAUUUGGCGAUCUUUAUAAAGUGGACUACCGCAUCUUGGCCAAUUUACAGAAUGCACAAGGCGAUUGGAAGAUUAAAAGAUUAGGCGCGUACAUUGUAUGGUUAUUCUUGACCACGUUGAGUUCAACAUCCUCCUCCCAUUAUGAUGUACCACAAAACAGUUUCAGCAGCGGCCAUCCAUCUACACAAAAUACAGCAGCAGCAGCAGCAGCAGCAGCAACAGGAGAGGAAGCGAUCACCCUUCCUCAGAAAGCGCGGAAAAUACUGAAGGAUUGGAUCACGGAGAAAAAACUCUCAAAAUACUACGUCGAUGCUGUUUCAAGGCAACAAGCCUUGUUGGAAAUCUUGUAUCUGGAGGGCAUGUCUGGAAAACGAUGGCAGGAUAUAGCAGAGUUAUUAGCACUCGCUGACAUGAGCGAUGUCCCCAUUCCUACCACACGACAAAUCGCAAAAUUAAAACAGACAAUGGACUUUCAACUGCAAAACGAUGCCAUGGACAUAGAUGAUGGCCAUGAGCAAGCGAAUCAACAGGAGGAUUCGGAUGAAAAGAUCAAGCAUGUGGAAAGAUGCAUCGAACGUUAUCGCACCUCAGGCAGAAACACAAGCCUACUUUCCCCCGAAACCGAGCUCAAACUGAUCUGCAUGCUUUUGGAAUUAUUGCUGUUGGAUAGUCAUGUUCGCUCUUCACUGACCAUGACAACGACAACGGCAACGACCAAAACGUCCUCCUCCUCCACACACUCUAAAAGGAACCAACAGCAGCAGCAGCAGCAAACAGCUACUCUUAAAGAUCUCGCGUUGGAAUUCAAAAAAUAUACCAAAGAACAUUCGGUGGAAGAAAUGAAAAACAAGCAUCGAAGAAAUACUUUGAAUAAUCGUAUUCAACAAUUGAAAAUGAUUCGUGGCAAAGCGGAAGAAGUGAAAGCGGCGCAAGCAGAAUUGGAUGCAUUAGAGACGCUCAUGCGAGAUGAACGCAUGACGUUGGAGUCCAAAAAAAUAGAAAUGCAUGUGCACCAAGCGAAAACACGUAAACGAUUGGAACCAGCAGGUCGUGAUCAUUUGGGCAACGAAUAUUGGAUCUUUAGUGAUAUUGUAGAUCAUCUCCAUCAAACAGGUGAUUAUAGAAACAGUGAGCCUUAUUGGGCCUAUGGCGUCGUCAUCAUCGGUCCUGGCUUCCUCACAGAAGAAACAGGAAAGCAACAGGACCCAUCACCACGGCAAGCAGACAAUGAGGAAAACAACAAACACACGCAGGCAUGGUGGUAUCUGAAAGGUAGAGAAGACCUUACGCUUCUCAUCCACUAUUUAAAACAACAAAGUCUAGAGAACGGAAAUGACUCUUUAGCAGAAACUGUGACCAAGAUAAACCAAAGACUCGACUAUCUUGCUUCUUUGGAAUGCGCAGUUUACGGUGACGGAUUCUUUUCAUAG